AUGAAUAAUGGUUUGUAUUUGGAACUCGUGACAGUGCAAAUUAAAGAAGAAUUUCUGUGGUUCUUCGAGAUGCGAGCUCUUGUGGCUAAUCGUCCUAGUCGGAUUCCUACAGGUGUUGGUAAUGUAGAUUCAGCUGCCGACCUUUCAAUUCUGUUACUGAAUGAUGGUGAAGAGUUCUAUGAGUCACAGAGCGAGCCUGCAGGAUUGUCUGAUGGAGAGCAUGAUGGAGAAGACUCUAGUGGUGAUGACACAAAACCUUCAAAAUGUCGGCAUCUAACAAAGGUCGAAGAUCCUGCUGAUGAAGAUUGCAAGCCUGCAAAGAAGUUAAAGGUUGCAACGAGCACUAAACCAUCCAAGACAAAAUCGUUCCUAGACAGGUAUGCUGAAGUGGCUGAGCAGGAAGAGCUGACUGUGCAGAAACGGGCGGAUGCACUCAUGGCCAAGGCAUCACUUGCUGUUGUCAAAGCAAAAGCCAAGGCUCAGAUCAAGCUGGAGAAGGAGAGACGCGAGACGGAGAAGGAGAGGAGGAAGACUGAGUAUGCUUUGAGGAAGCUGGAGCUUGAGCAUCAAUUUCGCAUGGCUCAAUUGCCUCGCAUUGAUCAGGCUGGCCCUUCACAAGCACACUAUCGAUCAAAUGAUGAUGAUCCAUACGAACUUCCAAUUCUCCCACAACCAGAGUACUCUGAUGGUGGAAGUUCAACUAGCUAUCAUAAUUACUAG